AUGGAUGACCGAAUGACUUCAUUGUUCUCUCUCCUACUCAUUGUCCUUUCUUUUCUCUCUCUCACGUUUCCUCUUUUCUUUCUUUCUUUUUCUUUACACAAAUCCAAUUUCAUACACGGUCCGGCUGUAACAGAGACAUAUACUUUCUUCCUCUCUCUGGUUUUCUCUUUUCUUUCUUUCACACACAGGCUGUAUUCUCAGCGUACAAAUUUCCUUGCUUGCACGAGUAAAUCGAUAUCUAUCUAUCUAUCUAUCUAUCUAUCUAUCUAUCUAUCUAUCUAUCUUGACUCCGCGAGUACAAAGGUUACACACAAUGGAAACAAACGCAUUAAGCAAACGAGAAAGAAAGAUAGAAUUCUGACUUCGUUUACUAUAUGGGUAUUCAAACUCUAUCUAUCUAUCUAUCUAUCUAUCUAUCUAUCUAUCUAUCUAUCUAUCUAUCUAUCUGUUUUUCCCACUAUAUCAGCAAUUAUUUUUAUUCAAACUAUUAUAUACGUGGCUCGCAACGGUCAAAGAAGAUAUGGAACUCAUGCCUGGUCCUUGCGUUUUCGGGGUCCGACGCUGGAAUCGCGAAUGGCAGGCGAUCAUGCCGUCGAUUCUGCUGCCAAUCGACGGGGGUGGAUGGCCUUCACGCGCGAUGCGAUCGACUUACAUCUUUUCGUGUUUGAUUUAAUAACUUGCUUCUUCUUCAUCUUCAUCAUCUUUCUUCUCUCUAUUUUUUCAUUUCUUUUCUUCUUAUUGCUUUCUUCUUUUUCCUUCUUUAUCUGUUAUUCUUUCCUUUCUUUUCAUUUUUUCUUUAUCUCCUUUUUUCUCUUUCUUCCGCCUCUUUUCCUUCUUUUUCUUACUUCUCUUUUUUUCUUUCUUUUUCUCCUGCUAGUUCUUUCUACUACACUCUUUUGUUUUUCUUUCUUCUCUCUUAUUUCAUCAUCUUUUCUCUCUUCUUUAUUUUACGCCUCUCUUCUUUUUUCUUUCUUCUUCGCUUUCCUUUUCUCUUCGAGACAUCUCUUCUUUAUUCUUUCCUUUUUUUUAAUCUUGUCUUCUUCCGCAUUUCAUCUUUUUCUUCUUCUUCCAUUUCCCUCUUUUUCUCUUUCUAUUGUCAUUCUUCCUUUUUUCUUUGCUUUUUUUCUUCUAUCUUCUCCGUUUUCUUCUACUCUUUUCUUUUCUUUUUCUUGUCCCUUUUCCUUGCUUUUUCUACUCUUUUCUUUCUAUUUUUCUUUCUUUCUUUCUUUCUUUCUUUCUUUCUUUUCAUUUCAUUUCUUUAAAUCUAUUGUUCUUCAAACGAGCAAGAACGCCCCAGGGCACUUAAUCAUAAAUCUAUCUAUCUAUCUAUCUAUCUAUCUAUCUAUCUAUCUAUCUAUCUGUUAUGGUGUCUCCACAAUACUAUCUAUCUAUCUAUCUAUCUAUCUAUCUAUCUAUCUGGAAUUCUGA